UUUUUUUACUUUUUGCCAUCUCCAGUUCUCACAAACGGGAAGAAAUGUGUACUUGCAUUGAAUUCUGGGAGUCAAAGUUGGAAGCCUGACCUACAUUCCCGCUUUAAACACCCCUGGAAAAUUCAAUCAGGACUCCUCAGACGUGACAGACGGCAUCAGACUCCACGAUAAUCAGAUAAUCGAUGUUUAUUAGAUUUGCACAAAUUUGAAAGAUUAUCUCAGAUUUAGCUUUAAGUUUUUCAGCUUUUUAGACCUCAGAGCUGCAAGAUUUGCAGGACCAUAGGAGCCAAAACUAAUGACAUUUUGAUAGGAAAAAAUCUAAAAAUGGAAAAAAAAAAAGUGGAUUGAAAUGAACUUUUUUGCGGCAAGUUAAAGUUAAGCUCAAAUGUACUUUAGAUUUUUGCAUCACAACAUUUAAUAUUCAUUUAUAUACCUGGAGGUAGAAUUUUAACAAAUACCAAGGAAAUAUUUUCCACCUAGACUGUGACUAAAAAAAAAAUGUUAUACUUCCUGUUUCUUCACAGACGCCUUCAGAUGAAAAUGUUGUUUUUGGUGUUUUGAACAUGUUCUUGUUGCAUAAAUAAAUAAAAUUUAUCUUGGAAUUGCAUUUCUGAGUAUUUCUUCAUUCAAAACAGAGGAGAAAAAAAAGGUUUAAAAAGGAUUGUAUUUGUGCCACGAGCUCCCCGCUCCGCUCCACUUCCAGACCAAUAGAUCUGCGUACGUCUUCGUUUUCCUGGUGUGAGCUGGAAUCCGGAUCUAAACUGUAUUCUGGAUAGCUCGGAUUUUGCCCCCUGUUUUUGUUGUACUGGUAACGCUAGGUUGGGGGUGUGAGGGGCUGUAAGGUAGCAGGAGAGUGAUUCAACAGGCACCAACAGUCCCGCCCACAACUCAGAGGCAGGUUUCUGACGAACUGCUGGUGGAAACUAUGUCCUAGAAAAAGACACGGAUUUUUUUUGUAAUAAUUUUGCCAAAAAACGGCAGAACACUGAGAAUGAUUUGACAAUAGAAAGAUGACCGGAGUGGGACUUCAAUGCUCUAAAUAGUAUUAUUUAUUUUUAUUAUUUAAAGUACAAUUAAAUAAUGAAUUUUCUGAAAGAAAAGGACAAAGACUGGAGCCCCUUUUUACAGACAGGUGCCCCCCUAGAUCCGCCCCUGGUCAAUGUUAUUUUCUAGUAAACGGAUGACUAGCUCCUCCCAUGUUUGUGCUCACCAGGUUAACUUGUUCCUUCUCGAUGGUUUUGGACUUCAGUUCAGUUCAGUUCCAGUCAGACCUAUAUUGUGGUGGCGCCGCCUCCGCUCUGUCUGUGCGUAAAGGCGCAUUAAGAAGCGGCGCAGCAGCAGGUAAUCCUGACAGUGGCACAGUCUGCGUCCUCGCUGACGGUCCUUUGAGUUCUUCCUUUCCUCGUCAGUUUUGGUUUGCUCGCAGACUUCCAGCGGCUUCCCGGCGGACUCGCGCUGACAUGUUGGCGCGGCGCAGAGCGGCGGGCUGAGCGCGUUGACUUGAUGGGACUUCUGUCUCCGCCGCUGCAGCUGAGGACGGAGGAGCAGUGAGCGCGGAUGGACGGCAUGUCGCCGCAGCAGCAGGACGGCCUGAGCCGCGGCGGCGGAGGCGGCGGCCAGGACAACAGGCGGGUUUGUGCGCCAAAUCUCCCAAUUCUUCAAUACUUGAUAACAGCAGGAGCAACAAAACGAUGGAUUUGGACCAAUUUGGCAGAAACUAAACCCCUCAGACACGUUUUUAAAGGAAAAAGUAGUUUACUAGAAACCAAUGUGGAAAACAGACUUUAACCAUUAAGCAUUUAUCUGAUCAUUCUGCUUCUUUAUCUUACUUUAAAAAUGAUAAAAGGAAAAUCUUAAAAUGAUGAGCCGGAAACCAAACAUAGAAAAGGAGAACUUUCCAACAUUCAAACUGGUUCAUGUGGAUCCAUGACAAAUCUGCUGUGAGGACUGACUUUGGGAGGGAAAGUUUCUUUGCCUUCAUUUUUUGUGUUGCUUUUAUUAAUAAUCAGUAUAAUACUUCAUAAGAAUGGUGGAUUGAUUUCAGUUCCUGCCUCGGAACACAUCCAUGAACCCAGUCAGUUUACGACUUGCUGACCUUUUCCCAGCACCAGAGCAAACGAGGUUUCAGAGUUACAGGCGUCAGUCUGCUCCGUCGAUGGUGAUCUCCAAGGCUCUCACCAGGUCCAAGACUCUCUCCAGAGAGAGCUUUCUGGUUCCCGUUUGCCCGGAGACUUGCCCGCUGGUCCAGUCCUUGCUGGCUGGCUCCGACAGGUCCUUCCUCUUGCACGGACAGGCCCAGCUCAAGACCGGCAUGCAGACCCAAGACCGGCACCUCUUCCUGUUCACCGACAUUCUGGUGAUUGCCAAAGCCAAGUCGGCCAACCACUUCAAGCAGAAGCUGCAGGUGUGCGUGUGCGAGAUGUGGACGGCGGGCUGCAUGGAUGAGGUGUGCGAGGGGAGCACCCACCCGGACAGGGGCUUCGUCAUGGGCUGGCCCACCUGGAACUGCGCCGCCAUGUUUAGCUCAGCAGAACUCAAGGAGAAGUGGCUCUCCGUCCUCAGGAGUCGGAUAAAGGAGGAGAAAGAAAAGGAGGAGCCCAAAACCAUCCCUCUGAGAGUUUACGGGAAAGGGAUCAACACUUUUGCUUUUACCAAGACGCUGCCGGUCAGCAACUCGGAUUCAACCAACGAGGUGAUCCGGUUGGCCCUGCAGCAGUUUGGCACCAUAGGAAACGUCAAGGACUUCCAGCUGUGGGUCAUCUCCAAGCGGGACAACACGCCUUACCCCCUGAUUGGUCAUGAGUUCCCCUUCAGCAUCCACAUGAGCCAUGUGAGGAGGUUGGAGGCGCAGGGAGGAGGCAGGAAUGGAGACCCGCAGGCGGAGCAGCUGCAGGGGUACCACCAGUGUCAGUUUGUCCUGAAGCCGCGGCCCGUCGAGCCGCCGCCGCAGCACGCAGACUUUACCCAGAAGCCCUUCAAAAGGAGGCGCUCGCUCAUCGCCUGGGCGUUCUGGCGAGGAUCCUCGUCUCACCUGAACGAGCUGUCGCUCGCGCCUCGAGGUCGGCUGUUCGGCCGGCCGCUCAACUCCGUCUGUGCGGAGGGCGAGCUGCCCAAGCCGGUUAUGGACAUGCUGGUCUUCCUGUAUCACGAGGGCUCCUGGACGCGGGGGAUUUUCCGGCGCUCGGCGGGGGCUCGGGCCACCCGGGAGCUGCGGGACGCCCUGGACACCGGGGAGGCGGAGCUUCCUCUCACACGGGACCACGUCUUCAUCAUCGCCGGAGUCUUCAAGGAUUUCCUGCGCAGCAUCCCUGGCAGCUUGUUCGGUUGCGAGCUCUACGAGGAGUGGCUGGAAGUGCUGGAGGAAGAGGAGGAUGAAGGGGAGCGAGUCCAAGACAUACAGAGGAUGAUUCAUCGAAUGGCCAAAGAGAACGCGCUGCUGCUGCGCUACCUGCUAGCCAUGCUGCACGCCGUCCAGAGCCACGCCCACGAGAACCAGAUGACCAGCUUCAACCUGUCCGUGUGCAUCGCCCCCAGCCUGCUCUGGCCCCCCGGAGACCCCUGCAGCUGCGAGCUGGAGGGGGAGGGGACUAAGAAGGUUUGCCAGCUGGUCAAGUUCAUGAUCGAACGCUGUCAGCAGAUCCUGGGGGAGGAGCCAUCCUCGCUGUUCGGGGGGCCGCCGCAGAGACACAGCGAGGACGAUAGCGGGCCAGAGUCGUGGGUUUACCCGCUGACAGACUCCUCCUACGACAGUCUGGAGAACGAGCUGGAGGAGGGCAGCCCGGGGACCCCCUCCUUCUGCAGGCGCGGCGUCCGCCCGAAACCGCUGCGGGGCAGCCUGGACUCCAUCCUCACGUUCAGCGAAGAGGAGGUCGACCUGGACGUGCGCCUCAGCAGGAGCGACCGCCUGCGCUGCCUCAAGCUGCGUCCGGGCGAGAGACGGCGGCGGGCAGAGCUGCCUCGCCCCCGAGAGGUCGGCUCGCCGGAGGGCGUCUCCUCCACCCUAGACUCUCUCUCUCUGGAGGGCCGGCACAAUCAGCGGCGCCGCUCAGAGCCGGCUAUUGCGUACAACCCUAGGCUCCGCCCACACAUCUCCGGCAGCACAGAGGGGCUAACAGGCGAUGAAGGGGAGGAGCUCUCCAGCAGCCAGGCCCCACGCCGGGGCAGGAGGGGGAACUCGGAGGUCAACGGAAGGUCCGCCCGUCUGGAGGCCAGCAGUUCCAGCCUGUCCUCCACCCCCGCCUCCCCCUCGCUCGAUUCUCUGGACUCGCUUGGCGGUGACCCAACCGGGUCCACCCGGACCCAACAACCCCCCGCCCUCCCAAAUCCUGGGGUUAGUUCGAAAGAAGCUGUACCCAAAGAGCCGCUCAGCUGGGGGGGUCUGAAGGGCUGCAUUGGCCUCCACCCAAACUCCUGGUUGAAGAAGGACAGGAGGCUGUCGCUGACCCAGCAGGACGGUUUGGAGGUGGAGGCAGAGGAGCGGCCGGGUCACAAACAGAACCCCGGCGGAUCCACGGGAGGAGCUAAACUAAACGCCAGCAGCCAAGCAAAACACAAAGCGCCGUGCAGAGGCCCAGCAGAACGGCAGAGGCCGAACCAAAAGCCAGAAUGCUCCAGCCCCCCAGCCCUGCAGCUCCCCAAACCCAGCUGGCUCCAACCCUCUGAGUCCUCGGCAGGCGUUCUGAUCAGCGACGCGAGCGGAAGCCGCAGAGACGGAGCCCCGUCCGCCAAGCUGCCGUCUCCAUCUUUGUUCUACAAGCAGAGCGGCCCGACUCUGUCCCUCUUCCGCCGGCACAAGACUCAGUCCGUGGAGGAGCCCAGCAACCGGCUCUACCAGCGCAGGGGUUCCGAGCCAGGGAGGCAGGUGGUGGAGCGGACCUUCACGCGGGCCAGGCUGCCCAGCGACCCGGGACUGAAGGUGACCGAGGUGGACUCGCAGGGGGGGCCGUCCGAGCCCCGGUUCUGCCUCUCGCCCGGCGCCACCAAAGCCGUGAGGGACUACUUCUCUGGUCACCCGCGCAGCAACCCCAAAAGCAGCCAGCAGGUGGCGCUUGCGCUGGUGGAUAGCCGCAGAGAGUGGGUGAAGAGAUGCAGCGAUCCUUCGGUGGAACCAGAUUUAGAGCAGCUGCUGUUUGCAGAAGAGUCGUACGUGUGACAGGCUUCGUUUAUUACACUGCUUUUUUUAAUUUUUUAAUUUACGGAACUCAACAUGCAGGAUUUGGGUGGGUUUUUGCAACAGCCCAAAAAAAAAAAAAAAAAAA